AUGCAGUUGAAAGAAGAGUUGGAAUCACUUGCAAAGGUUUCAUGCCCCAUAAUAAUGACAAGCCUAAUGAUGUAUUCUCGAUCUGCUGUGUCCAUGUUGUUCUUGGGUCGGCAAGGAAAAGUAGAGUUAGCAGGAGGGUCACUAGCACUUGGAUUUGCUAACAUCACUGCAAAUUCAGUCCUCAAAGGCCUCUCAAUGGGAAUGGAUCCAAUUUGUUGCCAAGCUUAUGGAGCCAAGAGAUGGUCAAUUCUUAACCAAACCUUUUUUAGAACUCUAUGUCUCCUCCUACUUGUUGCCAUCCCCAUUUCCGUUUUGUGGCUAAACAUGGAACCCAUCCUUCAAAUGCUCGGUCAAGACCCUCAAGUCACAAAAGUUGCCCAAGUUUACAUGGUCUUCUCUAUCCCAGAGUUGCUAGCUCAGGCUCAUCUUAAUCCUCUCAGAUCCUUCUUGAGAACCCAAGGCUUAACCACCCCAGUCACCAUAGCUGCAUCUUGUGCAGCACUCUUGCAUCUUCCCAUCAACUAUUUCUUGGCCACAUAUUUAAACUUAGGAGUAAAGGGUAUUGCACUAGCCACUGGCUUGAACUCAAUCAACAUGACUCUAGGCUUGUUGCUUUAUGUUUUCUUCUCAAAGAAACCACUCAAGCCAUGGCAAGGAGCUACAACCACAAUUCUCUCAGCCUUUCAUGGGUGGAAGCCUUUGCUAAGUUUGGCUUUGCCUAGUUGCCUUUCAGUGUGCUUGGAGUGGUGGUGGUAUGAGAUCAUGCUCUUUCUAUGUGGCCUUUUAAGUAAUCCACAAACCACAGUUGCCACCAUGGGGAUCCUUAUUCAAACACUAGGGUUCUUGUAUGUGUUCCCCUUUUCUCUAAGCAUAGCCUUGACAACAAGAAUUGGUCACUCAUUAGGUGCAGGGCAAGCAUCCAAGGCACAACGUACAGCCAUAAUUGGUUUCAUCACUGCAUUCACCUUGGGAAUCUCUGCCUUCAUUUUGCUUUUCUUUGUGAGAAAAUCAUGGGGGAAACUUUUCACUGAUGAGAUGCAAAUUAUUGAGAUGGUCACAACUAUACUUCCUAUUCUUGGGUUGUGUGAGGUUAGCAACUGGCCUCAAACAGUUUCAUGUGGGAUUUUGUCAGGGACUGCAAGACCUUAUUUGGGUGCUAGAAUAAACUUAUGUGCAUUUUACCUUGUUGGGUUGCCAGUUUCUGUUUUUGCUUCCUUCAUAUACAAAUAUGAGUUGGUGGGUUUGUGGUCAGGAAUGGUGGCUGCACAAGCUUCUUGUCUUUGCAUGAUGGUUUACACAUUGAUUCAAACAGAUUGGGGGCAACAAUGUAAGAGAGCAGUGGAACUGGCUCAGAAAACAACAGAACAGGACAAUAAAAAUGAUGAGGAAAAUGGGUUGCUUAACUCUGAUCAAUGAGAUUUUACAAUUCAAUUUUGUGCAGUGUUAGAUAAUAAUAACCAUAUAUCUAUUGUUCAUUCAAUUACAACCAUCUAUUGUUAAUUCAUUAGGAU